AUGGUCUCGGAAGUCUCGAGACCUGAGGAAUUUCCAUGUUCUAUUGAGGUCGAGAGGACACUUUUCGUGACGGAAUACGUAAUCGAGACGGAAGAUGUGUUAUAUCCGAAAGAGAAUCUGUGGAUCGAGUGGAAUUACGGGAAAUGGAUUACGGACAAGGAUACUGUUAGAGUGUCGAAAAUUAAUUCGCUUCAGAAUGGAUUCCUUCUAAGGGAGCAUGUUCAUUCAUUAUUUGAUCAGUAUUUGGUCUCAGUGAAUCCGGAUGAUAACUACAAGAUUGUGGUGUUUGAUGUAGACCUGGAUGGAAUGGAUGGAUGGACUUUGGAUCCAGUGUGUUGUGAUGAGGCGGAUCCUCAUUUUGGUUCACAAUCAUACUCGGAUCUCAUGGACUCAUACUCUGUUCAGAACUCCCAAUCAACCGCUGCAGCUCACAUCAUAAUUAAUAAGACCAUUGUCCAGAGACCAGAUACUGAGCAGAACGAGGUUAGAUUAUCAUCGCGCAAGAAAGCCCUUCAAUAA